AUGUUUACAAGUAAUUUGAAAGAAUUUUUUGAAGAAGAAGAACUAAAUCCAAAUUCAAACAAAUUAAACAAUAAACAUCAAAACAAUGAUUUGUUUUUAAAUUAUUUAAAUUCAUCUACAAUUACUCCAACUAAUAAAUUAAAAAAAGAUUCAAAAUUUACAACUUCAUCAAUUUCUUCAAUUUCAUCAUCAACUUCAAAUUCAAAUUCAUUAAUAGACUUUAAUAAAAAUGAUUUAUUACCAGAAUUAUGGCAAACUUCAUCAAAUGAAAGCUAUUCAUCAUCAGAUUCUUUAGAUUAUUUAACUAUUAAACAAGACAUUAAUAUUCAACAUAAUCAAUCACAACAAAUUCAACAACCACAACAACCACUUUCUCAAACUUCUUUCGCAUUAGAAAACUAUUUAUCUCAACCUCAAUCCCCUCCAACUAUAAAACAAUUACCUAACAAUGACAAUUUUCUUCAUAAUCACCAACAUAAUCAACAAUUUAAACAACAGCAAUUUUCUCCUAUAAAUUUACAAUAUUCAUCUCCUACUACUCAAACAUUCCAACCAUUUUUACAAUCACCAAAUAAUUUUAAUUCUACUCAACUGCCAUUACUGCCUUCACAAAAUCUUUACUCUCAACAUCAAGAAUUAAAUUCAAGUCUAUGGAAUCAGCCACAGUUAUCUCUUCAACAACAACAAUUACAACAAGUUGGAUGGAAACAAGAACAACAAACUAAUUAUCAAUUACAAUCACCAGAUCCAUUUACUAAUUCAACUACAUUGCAACAAAUAUAUUUAUUAGACGAAGAAAUUCAAUCAAGAAAAACAUCUAUUAUUGAAUAUAAUCAAUAUGAUGAUAAUUUACAACUCCAACAACAACAGCAACAGCAACACUUCCAACAACAACAACAACAACAAGACGCUAAACUAAAACCAGUAAACACUCAACUUUAUAAAACAGAAUUAUGUCAAGCUUAUAUGAGAAUGGGAGUUUGUCCAUAUGGAUUAAAAUGUCAAUUUGCUCAUGGAGAACAAGAAUUAAAAUAUAUUGAAAGACCUCCAAAAUGGAGAUCUAAACCUUGUUCAAAUUGGUCUAAAUAUGGUAGUUGUAGAUAUGGAAAUAGAUGUUGUUUUAAACAUGGUGAUUAG